CAUAGCAGCAGCACCCCAUCACCAACCAACCAAACAAACUCCUUCCCUCUCACUCAUCGCCUCCUCUCUCCUCUGCCGAUGGCUUCCUUAGAUAUUCAAACCCCAUACUCCACCGCCAAGGACGAAGACGACGACGUUUCACCCAUCGAAGAAGUCCGGCUAACGGUAACCAACACCGACGACCCGACCCUACCCGUAUGGACAUUUCGGAUGUGGUUCCUGGGUUUACUCUCCUGCACUCUCCUCUCCUUCCUCAACCAGUUCUUCGCUUACAGAACUGAGCCGCUCAUCAUUACCCAAAUCACCGUUCAAGUGGCCACACUCCCCAUCGGCCAUUUCUUGGCUGCGGUGUUGCCCCAGACCCAGUUCAGGAUCCCUGGGUUCGGGUCGAAAAAGUUUUCGCUGAACCCGGGACCGUUUAACAUGAAGGAGCAUGUGCUGAUUUCUAUAUUUGCUAACGCCGGGAGUGCUUUCGGAUCCGGGUCGGCUUAUGCGGUCGGCAUUGUUACGAUCAUCAAAGCAUUUUAUGGACGGAGCAUAUCAUUCUUCGCUGGGUGGCUUCUCAUUAUUACCACCCAGGUGCUGGGAUAUGGGUGGGCUGGAUUGUUGAGGAAAUACGUGGUGGAACCGGCUCAAAUGUGGUGGCCGAGUACUCUGGUUCAGGUCUCUCUUUUCCGAGCUUUGCAUGAGAAGGAUGAGGAACGCAUGACAAGGGCAAAGUUCUUCCUAAUUGCAUUAAUUUGCAGUUUUUCAUGGUAUCUGGUUCCAGGGUAUCUUUUCUCUACACUUACAAGCAUUUCAUGGAUAUGCUGGGCAUUUCCCAAGUCAGUUACAGCACAACAAAUUGGUUCGGGAAUGAGGGGACUUGGGCUGGGAGCACUAACACUUGACUGGACUGCUGUGGCAUCAUUCUUAUUUAGUCCUCUCAUUAGUCCUUUCUUUGCCAUCGUCAAUGUUUUCCUGGGUUAUGUAUUGAUAGUUUACAUAGUAAUCCCUAUAUGUUACUUUGGCCUAGACUUGUAUUCUGCAAGAAGAUUUCCAAUCUUUUCCUCACAUCUGUUCACAGCCGAAGGGCAAAAGUACAACAUAACAGCUAUUGUGAAUGAUAAGUUUGAGAUAGAUCUACCAAAGUAUGAAGAGCAGGGACGAAUUCAUUUAAGCAUGUUUUUUGCUCUCACUUAUGGCUUCGGUUUUGCCACCAUUGCUUCCACUCUUACACACGUGGCUUUCUUCUACGGAAGGGAAAUUUAUGAACGAUAUCGUGCUUCUUACAAGGGCAAGGAGGAUAUCCAUACAAAAUUGAUGAGAAAAUACAAGGACAUACCUCCUUGGUGGUUUUAUUUGCUGCUUGGUAUGACAAUUGCAGUCUCUCUUCUACUCUGCAUCUUCUUGAAUGAUCAGGUUCAGAUGCCAUGGUGGGGACUCAUCUUUGCCAGUGUCAUGGCCUUCAUCUUCACCCUUCCAAUCAGCAUUAUCACUGCCACAACAAAUCAGACGCCAGGCUUGAACAUAAUCACAGAGUAUGUCAUGGGUAUCAUAUAUCCUGGAAGACCAAUUGCCAAUGUAUGUUUCAAAACGUACGGUUACAUGAGUAUGGCUCAAGCUGUUUCUUUCCUUAGCGAUUUCAAGCUAGGACACUACAUGAAGAUCCCUCCAAGAUCAAUGUUUUUGGUUCAGUUCAUUGGAACAAUUCUUGCUGGAAUAAACAUUUCAGUCGCAUGGUGGUUGCUGACUGUUGAGAACAUAUGCCAAGAUGAACUCUUCCUCUGAUAGUCCUGGACAUGUCCUGGUGAUAGAGUAUUCUUUGAUGCGUCUGUGAUAUGGGGUUUGGUAGGACCCAGACGGAUCUUUGGAAGGCUAGGAAACUAUCCAGCAAUGAAUUGGUUCUUCCUUGGAGGUGCAAUAGGGCCCAUUAUAGUUUGGCUGUUUCACAAAGCAUUCCCUAAAAAGUCUUGGAUUCCCCUAAUUAACCUUCCAGUGCUCCUGGGAGCAACAGGGAUGAUGCCGCCAGCAACAGCAUUAAACUAUAACGCAUGGAUCCUAGUUGGAACAAUUUUCAACUUUUUCAUCUUCCGUUACCGUAAACAGUGGUGGCAGAGGUACAAUUAUGUCCUCUCAGCAGCACUAGAUGCUGGCGUGGCUUUUAUGGCUGUAUUAUUGUACUUCUCACUAAGCAUGGAAGGUAAAGGUUUGACUUGGUGGGGUACAGAUGGAGAACACUGUGAACUAGCAAGUUGUCCGACUGCCAAGGGCAUAAUGGUUGAUGGUUGCCCAGUGAACUAAUACCUGUAGUUUUCUGUUAUAUGCAUUCUCCUUCAAAAGUUUGAACACCACCAUUAAGAGUUGCAAACCGGUCUAUCCUUCAAUCAAUCACUAAAGGAAGAAAGCUCUAGUAAGAACAAGCAGAACAUCAAAAUGGUUAUGCAAGAAGAACCAACAGGGCUUUUACUCUUUCUUUGACUAAGGAGAUCGUAUGCCACAAGGAUAAUUGUCCUAACAAAAUCCACCUCUGUAUUUUUAGUAUGUUUUUGGAACUAUUAGCCAUUUGAAUGAUACAAAAAGGACAAACGACCACAGGUAGUUUGUAUAUCUAUUCCAAAUGGUUUAAUGAGGAAAAUUUUUUGGGGCA